AUCGAAAAUAUACGCAACCAGUCAAGCACUGCGUUCUCCACCUAUUUGUAAUUUAAGAGUUGGCAUUACUGCUUUAGAUGUUUUUGAUAAGCUUCAAUCAAAAAAAUAGUAAUAAAAAUGGCAAAGAAGACCUAUGAUCUAUUGUUCAAACUUUUAUUAAUCGGCGAUUCCGGAGUAGGAAAAACAUGCAUAUUAUUUAGAUUUUCGGAUGAUGCAUUCACGACAACGUUUAUAUCUACAAUAGGUAUAGAUUUCAAAAUCAAAACCGUAGAAUUACGAGGUAAAAAAAUAAAACUGCAGAUAUGGGAUACCGCUGGCCAAGAAAGAUUUCAUACUAUUACUACGUCCUAUUAUAGAGGAGCAAUGGGUAUUAUGUUAGUUUACGAUAUUACCAAUGAAAAAAGUUUUGAAAAUAUCGUGAAAUGGUUAAGAAAUAUUGAUGAACACGCUAAUGAAGAUGUGGAAAAAAUGAUAUUAGGUAAUAAAUGUGAUAUGACUGACAAAAGAACUGUUAGUAAAGAAAGGGGUGAAACGAUUGCCAGGGAACAUGGGAUUAGAUUCAUGGAAACAUCAGCAAAGGCCAAUAUAAAUAUCGAAAGAGCUUUUAGCGAGUUAGCAGAAGCCAUAUUGAUAAAAACAGCUGGAAAGGAACCCGGUGAUCCAGUAGAUCGAGUAACGGUGGAUAGAAGACCGACUAGUACGACGAAAUCUUGUUGUAAUUAGUAACUUAAUUAAGUGUACAUGCAUGUGAACUGAUUUCUAAACAAGAUGCUCAUAUAAACGCAAUCAAUUUUAUUUUUAAUAGCGGGAGUUACUUAUAAAUAUGUUUUCAUGUGUUCAGUAGAUAUUAUUUCAUCUUUUCAGUUUAAUAAUUUGAGUUUUCUUUAUUACAAACAUAAUAGUAAUGUAAUAACUAAACAUCGAUGUUCAUUUUAGUACUAGUAAAAAUAAAAAUAAUCAAAUUAGUAUUUAGGGUGACUAGAGGUUGUUUAUUUUUAAUUUAUUUGAUAAAGGUGGUAAUCCAAAUAAAAAAAGGAAACUCAAAUUAUAUCUUUUUGAUUUGUAUCAGCUUUUUCUGGUUAAAUAUUUUUCGUUUCGUUGUUCGGUGUUUUGUUUCAUCCCUCGGUUGUGUCUUAUCUAUUUCAAUGAAUAUUCUUGCCACUAAUAUCAUUAUUUUGUACAAAUUCUUCAGUGCUAAAUUGAAUCUGCAUACUUAUAACUAGUUUUAGAUGUUGACAGAUCACAAUUUUCAUUGUUAAUUAUGCAUCGGAGAGUUUCCACUACUAUUUAGAAGACUUGGAAGGUAUAAGUGAUAGAAAGUGCUUCUUAAGAUCGUUUGUAAUCUUGUGGGAACUGUGGUCGUCUUUAAUGGUCACUAAAGUGGUUUCGGAAGCUGUAAUUAUCUCCCUGAGAUACAGUUUUUCUUCGUUAACAUCAAAAUUGUCUUAUGUACUUCUCCGUAUCUGAAUCAUGUUUCUUUCAGCUAUUAUUUAUAUCCUGAAUUACUUGGAACAACAAGUCUUGUUCCAUAAUUCUUGAUUUUCAGCGGUUUUAUUACAUCAUUUGUUGUAAAAAACUUUUAAAUUGCCCAGAACUUUUCAUAAAUACAUAAAAUUGUCUAAUUUCCCAUGUCAAAAGUCUAAAAAAUUUGAUUUUUAUCAAAAAUAUUGCCGAACUCCCACUUUUGCAUAAACUAAAAAUAUACAAAUUGUUUUUUUCUUAUUUUAAGACAAUGUUUCGUUCCUAAAUCAAGCGUUGUGAAUGACUUACUUAUUUUUUUAUUUAGUCAAUUGUGAAGAGCAUCUGUAUUGACUAUCAAUUCUAUUCAAAAUUUGUUAUCACGUUUAAAAUUCUCCAAAAUUUAUUUUCCACUUGAGAAAACCGUUUUUUUUUCUCGAUGUAGUUGUAUAAUUACUAAAAAGUUGUACAUACAAAAAAAACAAAGAGCUUUAUAUGUUUAAGAAUAUCAUUUAUAUGCCUUUUUCUAUAUUAAACUUGUGGUAAUACUAUGUAACUAUUUAAAAUAGUCUAAGAACAAAAACACAGUCCAGAAUUCCUUUCUUUUGUCUUACCUAACCCUUAAUCACUAUCGGUCCCUAAAAAUUCCUUUAGUCUUACAAAAACUUGUAAAAUCAGUUGUUUUAGAACUGAAAGGCUCUUCCGGGGCACAAAUGCCUUCGAUAUUGGUUGUUUCAACCUACGAAACAUAAUUUGAGACCACAUAAAGUUAGAAACUCAAAAAAUUCACUUACUUUGACUUACCAACCCUUUAAUAACUACCAGCCCCUAAUAGUUCCUUUGGUGUUACUAAAACUUGUUAAAUCAGUUGUUCUAGAAGCGAAAGAUUCUUCUGGAGCACAAAGGCCUUAGAUAUUGGUUGUUUUUCACAGUAAAUGGAUUCUAUAUGCAAUUUUUUAGAUACAGUAUCAGCUCUUUUCACACAGGACUGUGUUCAGCCCUUUUAAUAUUCAAAUGACAAAAAAAUGCUUCUUAUAUUUUAAUAAUAUGCAAAAUUGUACCAAAUAUUUAUUUAUAUUUCAUAAACAAUGGCGUAAAGUGUACUAAUAUAGAUAUGGGCGAAGUAGCAUCGACGAGGCCCUUUUUUUUACCUUUUCCAACAUUUGAUUGAUGAAUUUAACUUACGAAACAUAAUUUGAGACCACAUAAAGUGAAAUUGAUUAAAAACACAGUCAGAAGUUUACUCAGAAACUCAAAAAAUUCACUUAUUUUGUCUUAAUCAUUAUCAACUCCAGAAUUUUCCUUUGGUCUUAUUAAAACAUGUAAUUUUUUUAAAUAAUUUUCAAUUCAUGAGGGCCCAUUUCGUCCUUGCAUAGAUACGCCACUGUUUUAAAUAAACAAAAUACUAUAAAUAUCAUAUUGAAGUAGUAGAAUAUGUCAAAUUGCCAUACAUUAUAAUGUGAUUUAUAGUUGCAGGUUUUUAUUUGAUAUUUCUUGUGAUUUUUUUUUUAUUUAUGCUCCAUUUAAUAAAUAGUUGAAAAAUA